UAAUAAAUGGUGAUUCCUACUUGGACGAAUUGUCUUCAAAUAAUAAUAAAUAGUUCAAGAUGAUAUUUUAGAUGUGGUUCAAUUAAUGAAACCACUGAAAAUAACCAUAAAAAUAACUUUUAACAAUAACCAACUUCGAAACCAGAUCUUUUCUGCUUUUAUUCGGAAGAAAAUGCAAAAUCAGCUUGAAGAUUGGAGAGAUACUCAAAUAUCUCCAGAUUUCACUAAAAGCUCAAGAAUAAGACGCAAAAAUUUACUCCCAGCGUUACAUGAUAUACAAAAACAAAAUUCACAAGCCAAAUUACAUAAUGAUAUCUUAAUAACAGGAACUGACAAAAUUACUUAUAAUAUUAAUAUGAAAAAUCUGGUAUAUUUAGAUACCUUUUUAUCUUAUUCCAACUUGAUAAACUUGGGAAGCUGAUAUAACAGAAAUCAAAGGCAUAUACAAAGAUCGCUUAAUUUCAAGAGUAACCACUCCUUUGCUAUAGUAAAUUGGAAUUGCCAAGGACUUAAACACAAAACUACAUUUGUUAAUUCUCUGCAUAUUAAAUAUAAUCCGGUUAUGAUUGCCAUGACAGAAACUUGGAUAACAUCAGAUAAGUUAUAUAGUACAAAUUUCUCGAAUAAAUUUAUAAUAGAAUCUGCACUGGCAAGUAAAUCAGUAGGUCCCGGACAACCGAGUGGUGGUCUAUGUUUAUUGAUUGAAAGGGAGUAUUGUAAAAUAAUCCAAGUUAAAAAAUCUAGGAAUUAUAUAUUAUUUCUCAUCGUAAUAACCAAAAAUAAAUUAUUAAAUAAGAAUAAUAAAACAAUGAUGAUAAUGUUAACUUAUGUGCCACCCGGUGAUCUAAAUACUCUUAAUGAAAUCUUCAAAGUUAUUGAUAUAUGGUACUAUAUAACUCCAUAUAUUAUAAUAUUGGGUGAUUUCAAUUCCAGAAUUGGUGAGGUAAUGGACUCCAAAUAUAAGGGACCUAAUCAUUUAAUUUAUAAUAGUCGGAAAUCUAAGGAUAAACAGGUUAAUAAUUUAGGAAAAAAAUUACUAGACUUCAUAACUGAAAACAAACUUUUUAUACUGAAUGGUCAUAUUAAACCUGACUUUCCUGCGGAAUAUACAUGCUUAACCCACUUGGGGAAAUCAACAAUUGAUCUUACAAUAUGUUCCAAACUACUGGACUAUUGCACGAAUUUUAUGGCAACAUUAAUGGAUGCAUCAGAUCACUUUCCCACAAUAACCAAAUUUCGACUAUCUUCAGCAAAAGGAACCAACAACCAAUACAACAAUAGACCAAAAAUAAAAUAUAAAAUUUCAAAAUAUUGGAGGGAGAUUGAUAACCGUUUUAUUGCCAUUCCAGUAAUAACGAGUACUAAUAAUGAAAAAAUAUACAAUCUAAUAACAACCAUACUAAAUGACUACAUAUGUGUAAAUAAAAAUAAAAGAAAUAUUCAAAGUAAAGCUAAAGAAGGAUGGUUUGACUCUGACUGUUAUAAAAUGAGAAUGACAAAACAAGCAGAAUUUAAAAAAUUCAGGCAAAAUUCAACUGUACUUAACUUUAAUAGUUAUAAAAAAGCUAAACAAACUUAUAAUAAUAUCCUUAAAACUAAAAAAUCAAAUUAUUUUUGCAAAAUUGAACUAAACUUAAUUAAAAAUAACAAUGAUGGCAAAGUGUUCUGGAAUACAAUACGAAGAUUUUGGCCUAAAUCUAAUUUAAACAUAAAUUUUGUUAUAAUAGAUUUUAAUACCUGGAAGCAGUUUUAUAAUAGAUUUUCACAAACCCAUACGGAAAUACUGUUAAAUACAAGAAUAGAAGUUUAUAAUGAUAUUCUGGAUUCUGACUUUAUUAUUACCGAAUUGGAUGAUGUCAUCAAAAAGUAAAACAACUCUAGGAUACAACAUUUUCUUAAAAAUAUUAUCAAACAAUUCUAGACUAAAAAUCUUAAACUUAUUUAACAGUAUGUACAAAUCUGUUUUCUUCCCCAAUUCCUGGAACUCAGCCAUUCUUACGAUGAUCUAUAAAAAAGGCGAUCCUUCCUCUCCUAGCAAUUAUAGACCAAUAGCAUUAUUAUCAGUUAUAAGAAAAUGUUUUACUUCACUUCUUGCAAACAAAUUUAAGUUAUGGACUAAAACUAUGGGAAUGGAAGCCAAAUUCCAAUUUGCAUUCACUGUAAAUAAAGGAACUGAAUUUGCAAUCUUCACUUUAUUAAUGAUAAUUCAACUAUACCUUUUAAAAAAACACAGGAAAAUAUACGCUGCCUUCAUUGACAUUCAAAAAGCAUUUGAUUCAAUAUAUGUUCCUCUGUUGAUUCACAAUCUUAAAUCCUGCGGUGCAAGUACCUGAUUUACUUCAGUAAUCUCAAAACUAUACUCAAACUAUAACAUCAAGAUAAAACAAGGCAAUAAUAUCUCUCAAACUUUAUUAAUAUCCCGUGGAAUCCUUCAAGGUGAUACCCUUUCUCCAUAUUUAUUCAAUUUUUACUUUAUAGGUAUUGAUCGUCUCUUUACUGAAUCAACUGAUAGAAUUAUAAUAGGAAAUAGAGUCUUUCAUUAUAUUCUUUUUGCUGAUGAUCUUGUGCUUCUGGCCCCAACAAAGAUUUCAGUACAAAGGAAAAUUAGUCAACUCAAUAAAUUUCUACAAUCAUUAUAUCUAACAAUAAAUUCGACCAAAACGAAAGUUAUCAUAUUCCACAAUAACUGUAAAAUAUCUGAAAAUAACACUAAAUUAUAUCAUGAAAAUACUCCUUUACAAACUGUAAAUGAAAUAGACUAUAUGGGAGUCAGAUUUGAUUGGAACUUAUCCUUUAAAGCACAUUUUAGCAAAAUAAAAAUCAAAGCAAAGCAAGCCAUAAUUAAUCUACUAUUUGUAUGUUCUAAGUUGAAAACUACCAAUCUGAAAAUUCAUAUUAAGUUAUUUAACUCAACAAUCGUUCCUAUAAUAUAUUAUACAAGCCCAAUAUGGAGUUUAGACUAUACAGUAAAGCGUCGAUUUUCCGAAUCAAUUGGGGACUGGGGUUGUCCGG